AUGGUGGCCGCCAGUCGUAGUUCCCUAAUGUUCUUACAGAGCGAUUUUUCCAAGCCGAGUGUUAACCUGCAGGAUAGUUGGCACGAGGAAUUGGAUCGUAAAAGGCAAAGUCUAAAGAAACGUUGCAAAGAGUUGGAUACGGUAUUUGGAAAUAAAAUAUCGAAAGAAGUGCAGCUUCGGAAUUCAACCAUAGGUGAUGGUAAUGAUACUAGUGCAAGAUAUAUAGAUAGUGUACAUGAGAAGAGGUGUCCUUCAUGUACGCCGAAGUCUAAUCCGAAGGUAUACGAUGAACAGCGGCAUAAUACCCCUGGAGUAGAUAGUAAGGUGUCCGAUAUCUAUGAACGCUGUAGGUAUGUAAAAACACCUGUAUUGGAACGAUCGACAGAUAGACAUUCGUCGUUAACAAGGGAUAUACCAGAUUCUGUGCCUUUAAGACUUUGGUUGGCAUGUCAAGCAGACGCUGGUAAUAGUACACCAAGUUGUAACAGGUCGUUGAUACUGUUGGAUCCGCCUGCGAAGUGCCGUCGUAAACGCACAGGGUUCGCCAAGCAUCUCGGUCGUCAUUUUUGGCGUGAUAAUUAUCGUCGGUAUUCAAGUUCAGUGGUUGCACCCAAGUCUCAUCACAAGUGUAAUUUGAAACACCAAAAGAGAUAUUGGAAUUUCCCCUACUGUAAAGAUAGGUUCUGUCCCAAGGGCGAUUCACAUAGUUUGUAUAAAAACAGAUAUUACAAAAUGGAUACACCAAUGUACAGGGAUAGGUUGGAUAUUAGUUCAUCGGUGGAUGAUACGGAUUGCGCCUCUCCUGAUUCCAGAGCUGUGGUUACCCCUGGUAAUUCCGAUGUGGUUGCGCGCACGAUGCAACCAAGAAUUAAAAUAGAUUCCAAUUAUAUAGAUCGUUUAUUAUCAGGUCAAUCGGUGAGCCUUGAUGUUUUGAAAGCGCCAGAAUUAGGGUCAUCGGAAGCGGCACGUUAUACGAUAUCGAUAUGCCGUGAGGUGUUCAUGGCGGCUAUAGGGGCGCAGAUGGUCUAUGUGGUUACCAGUUUGAUGUUUGGUAAUGUUGCUGCUGCUAUAAUCGUCUCUUUAUUAUGUCUGCAGAGUGCAUUAUGUCACUGUGAUGGUCGUCCCAUGGCCUACGUAAUAAAUGGUGUUUUAUCCAUGCUGGUCGGCACCACUGUGACCGUGGCUCUGUGCCGUGACGUGUCUGGCUUAGAACCUUACCGUCGUGACCCGGUAUUGAACACUAUGUCGUAUAUUUACGUGCCGUUAUGUUUUUGUUUCGGCAUCUUUUCAUUUUACCUGGCGCACAGUAACUACGACCUGCAGAAACAGGAGCGCCGUGCCAUAGUGCACGCGGUAAACCGUUUAUUAGGUGAACGUUACCGUGUAAACGAGCGUAACCUUGGCGUUGAACGUUCGACGUAA